UUAUUUCUAUAUAACCUGAUAAUAUCAUUGUGAUCUAAUUCUGUGUAAUAAUAAGUGAAAAUCUUACAUCUUGACACACAGUAAGUUCAUCCUUGCAAAAACCUAGAAAAUGUCACACAGAUUUUAUUUAAAAGACUCUUAACUUAUUUAUUUCUAAGCUUCUCUGAGACUCUUUAUUAUUAAGUAUCGUCUUCUACUCACUGCAGCAGAUAAUCUGCUUCUCACCCUAUUCCUAGCACCUUCCUCCUUCACUGCAUCCAAUGAAUUUUCUCUGUGGUCGUCCUCUUUUCCUCUUUCAUAGCAGCUUCAUAUUCAGCAUGCUUCAUCCAACAUAUCCAUUAUCCGUCUUUUGCACAUGCUCAAACCAUCUCAGCCUUUCGUCUACAACUUUGUCUCUUACAGCUCAACCUGAUAUAUCCUUCUGAUGUGUUCAUUAUUAAUCUUAUAAAUUCAUACAUUAUGAAUUUAUUACUUCUACUCCUUGCAAAGGUACCCAUUUGUCACUCCUACCACUCCUAGAUCCACAAGGACACAGUACCUUGUGACCUUCUCUCCAUCAACACUCUCAAAGCAAACCUCGCAUCUGUAUUGUUGUAUUAUCUUUAUCCCUGUGUAAUUACUAGAACUGUACAAAUCAACCCUGUUCUUGAAAAUCUGCUUGUUCUCCAUUCCUCAGGCAUUAUCUGACUCUCUAAGAUUAAAAACUCCUGGAUGUUUUCAUACGUCCACAAAUUCACUCAGAGUCCUGUAGAGGGAGUCACAUGGCCCAUCAGUACAAAACCAGGCGGCAGCGGCUCAGCAGCAGCAGCAGCAAGUGCAGUGCAGAGGAGCUGGAAGGAGCAGAUUGUGUCCUGCUGUCGUGAGGAAACACUGCACAGAUGAAGGGACCGUCGCGGAUAGCUGUCGCAUAUUCCUCCGUUUGAUUAUUGUCACACAUCAAACGACCCGCUCCUCUUUCCCUCCACCGGGAUCGCGCCGUCGCUGUGGGUCUUUCAUUCGGAGGGGCUUGCCUGUUUUUUCCUCCGGGAGGCUGAAUGGAAGCAGCAGCCGAGGGAGCGGUCGGGCUGUCGGAGGCCAGGGAAGGGAGCCCGCUGUCCGGGGCCGCAGCAUCCGAUGAUGCGGACACGGUUGUGGGAGUAAGCUACGGGAUGGACGCCGCAGACAUGGAUGCAGCUGCUAAGAAAGCCUUCAUCACAGAGAUGGCCUCAUCCUCAGGCCAGCCUGGCCAAGGAAAGAAGAUUGGCCACAGAGGGGUGGACGCAUCAGGGGAGACUACUUAUAAGAAGACCACAUCAUCAGCCUUGAAAGGUGCCAUCCAGCUGGGCAUCGGUUACACAGUGGGUAACCUGAGCUCCAAGCCUGAGAGAGAUGUGUUAAUGCAGGACUUUUACGUGGUGGAGAGCAUCUUUUUCCCCAGUGAAGGGAGCAACCUUACUCCAGCCCAUCAUUUCCCGGAUUUCCGCUUUAAAACGUACGCUCCUGUGGCCUUCCGCUACUUCAGAGAACUGUUUGGCAUCAGGCCGGAUGACUACCUGUACUCCCUGUGCAACGAGCCUCUGAUCGAGCUGUCCAAUCCUGGAGCAAGUGGCUCAGUCUUCUACCUUACUAAGGAUGAUGAGUUCAUCAUCAAGACUGUGAUGCACAAGGAGGCUGAAUUCUUACAGAAAUUGCUGCCUGGAUACUACAUGAACUUGAAUCAGAACCCUCGCACUUUGCUGCCCAAGUUUUUCGGCCUCUACUGUGUCCAGUCAGGUGGCAAGAACAUCCGUGUGGUUGUUAUGAACAAUGUCCUCCCCCGCGUGGUGCGCAUGCACCUCAAGUACGACCUGAAGGGAUCCACCUACAAGAGGCGAGCGUCCAAGAAGGAGAGGGAGAAGGCCAGGCCCACCUUCAAAGACCUGGACUUCAUGCAAGACUUGCAGGAUGGCCUGAUGAUGGACCAGGACACGUACAAUGCCCUGACCAAGACCCUGCAGAGAGACUGCCUGGUGCUGGAAAGCUUUAAGAUCAUGGACUACAGCCUGCUGCUUGGGGUCCACAACAUCGACCAAGCAGAGAGGGAGAGGCAGAUGGAGGGCUCCCAGGGUGACAGCGAUGAGAAAAGGCCCGUGGCCCAGCAGAAGGCUCUGUACUCCACAGCCAUGGAGUCCAUCCAGGGGGGAGCUGCCUGCGGAGGGUCUAUUGACACAGAUGACACGAUGGGCGGUAUCCCCGCCGUUAACGGAAAAGGAGAAAGGCUUCUUCUCUUCAUCGGAAUCAUCGACAUCUUGCAGUCUUACAGGUUAAUCAAGAAACUGGAACACACGUGGAAGGCUUUGGUUCAUGAUGGGGACACUGUAUCGGUCCACCGGCCAGGAUUCUAUGCUGACAGAUUCUUGAAGUUCAUGAGCACCACAGUUUUCAAGAAGAGCUCCUCUUUGAAGUCCUCUCCGUCAAAGAAGGGUCGUGUGUCCUUGACGGUGCCCAAGUGUGGUGGUCCUGGUGCAGCUUGGUCAGCCAGCCAGCUGCCCUCUGAGAGAGACGAGAAUAUCUACGACCUGAGAGGAGCUCGCAGCUUCCCAACGCUGGAGGACGAGGGGAGACCAGAUCUUCUUCCAUGUACUCCUCCAUCAUUCGAGGAGGCCACCACAGCAUCAAUUGCCACCACGCUCUCCUCCACCACCUCUUUGUCCAUUCCCGAGAGAUCUCCCUCUGACACGGCCGAACACCCCCGCUACAGGAGGCACACCCAGUCACUUAGCCAUGAUGGGAGGACCCAGGAGGAGCUGCGUGUGCGUGAGGAGGAUCAGCAGACCAUCACAGUGGAGGUGGAGCUGAAGAGACAUGACAGUGAGCCCACCAUCUCUGUUCCUCAGCCCUCGCCUGAAAUCAGCGACAUUCAGGAAGUAGCUGGUGCAGAGGCUCUAGACGGUGCCGCAGCAGAACCUUCAGGCUCUUCGUCAGCACCCGAGGCUGCCUCAUCCACCUCCUCGUCUGCCCUAGCUGCUUCCUCCUCCCUGGGGCCACCCGAAGAGGCCACAUCCAGCCCAAAGGAGGCGGUGGCGGUGGAAGCAGACAGAGCCAGCCAGGUGUCCGGCUCAGGGUGCACCAGUCAGGCUUCGGUUGAUGACGACGACGAUGUGCCAAUCACAGAUAUCUACUUUCCUCCAGAGGACAGGACCUGGGUGUACUCUCCGCUACACUAUGGCUCAGAGUCUAAGGCCCUGCCAGAUGGGGAUUGGGAAAGAGAGACAUAAAUCCUGUUUUCUGGCAGACAGGAGUGAACGUCUCAGCGGAGAGGACUCAUCAGUCUGAAGUCCAGACCUCAGUGGCAGCAGCGUGAUCUCUGUCUGAACCAGGAUUUAAAAACAUGCAUACAGAAACACACUGAGAGGAAAAAGUGACUGGAGUACCAGAGGGAGAAAAGAAAAAACCCUGACAGUGAUGAUAUCACUAGUUUGCAACCAUCCCUGCCUUUCACCCUUUGACAAAUGAAAUUUAUUACAUCAGUUUAAUAAAUAAUUGUAUGUGUGACAUAGUGCGCAUAAGGCUGUAUGUAGUCUUGUAUGUUUGACACGCCCAAAAGACCACGAUAACCUACUUUUUGUUCUGUUUCACACUAACACAGCCCUCCAACCGACUCUUUCCUGCCGAAUCUCUGAAAGUCAUUUUUUUUCGUGAUAUCCUUAAUGCUGCAAAGCAGAUUUCUCUACAUUUUUGAACCUUCAUUGUUUAAGGUCACACAUACUAGCUAGCAGUCAUCUCCUGGGUUCUGUGAUCAAACAAAACCACGAGCAGCUCUUUAAAACAUUGCUCCAUGACACAAAUACAGGUUAAAAAAAUGCUAAAUUGAGUGGAUGCUCCUUGUAGAAAUGUUCCUGUAAGUUUAAAAGUAUUAAAGUUUUCCUUUUUUUAAGCAGCUGUUCAUCUUUUGUAGCGAGGUUUUAAUAAAGCUAUAUUAAUGCUACUACUGUCCUCGGUUCUCAGUAAAGAAAAUGAAUGGCACAUCCAGAACUAGGAGCAUAUAAAGUUUCUCCCAGUAAGGAAAACUAAUUUGAGGAAAAAUGAAAUUAAACUCAUUAAUCUCAAAAAUAUCUCCAGUGCAAUUACCUCAGACUGCAACAUAUCAGUCAUCCUGUGACUGCGCUGGCUGCUGUGUUUCCAACCAGUUUGAAGGAAAUCUCCAGCUAAGUGGUAGUAAUUGCUGCCAGUAUGGUGCCCAUUUCCAUUAUACCGCUGGUGUUGAAGUUAAUUAGCUGUGUCUGCUGUUCCAUGAUAAUCUUACCAGAGGUCGUCAUCACAAAAUUCUGAACAGUUUGAUGCUAAAAGAUUUUUGCAAAACCAAGUGUGCAAAGUACGUCUUACUAGGCAGGCACCAUAGCCUAACAUAACUCAGAUAAAUGGGGCUUUUUCUUUUUUUUUUCUCAAGUCAGUGUAUUACGCUUCUGUAUCCCGUGAUGUUGGAGGGCUCUGUGCUCACGGAACAUGAGUUACAGUGAAAACCACUUUGGGCCAAUCAAAGCAGAACAUCCAGACAUCUCUGUCCUUUCAAGUAGUGAAAAUAUGCAGUUUAACUUUUUUUUUAAAAACAUAUUCAUUUACAGCAUUAUUAAAACUUAAAUCCUGUUGUUACAUUUUCAUUUCUAAACUUUUCUUCAGCUGUUUUUACUACUGUGAACUUUUAAUUAUUUGUCUGUUUAUAUUUGAUGGUAAUAUUCACGACUGGUACUUUUCACUCACAGUUUUUUUUUUUAAAUCUAUUUGCAUCCAAAGACUUUCAGUUUUUGUUUUGAUCAUUUUCUUCACUGCGGUAUUUUGUUCUCUUUUUCAUGUGUUGUCUAAUUCAGUGUUGUUUUUCACUACACCACAUGUUGUGUUCCAAUAGCUGAGGGUGAUGACUCUUGCCUUCAAAAUAGAAGGCGUCAAUUACAACACUAAGGCAGCAGACAUUGUCAUUACAGUAAUUUUCAUGUCUACACAAUGUCUUCCAGUGUUGCCCUAUUUUCGGACCGAUGCACAGGGAUCAGUUGUAACAGUAGAAUCAGCAUAUCAGUUACAUUUUCUACAUCACCUCCUCACGUCAAGAAAUCGGGGAAUCUUUCCAAUGUUUGUAGAUGUAGAGCACCAGUUGUAGUGUUUGAGGUCGAUAUCGUAGCUGUUACCUGUAUAUUCCAGUGAACGCAGUGCGUGUUGGCUUGGUGAGACACAGCAGUUUGUGAAUGGGUUGAAUGUCGUUUGCACUCAAUAAAAGGACCUGAAGAUGAACUAGUGGUAGAGGCCAAAUAAACACUCGUCACAUUAUCCAGAAGUCAAAUUUUCCAGUUCUUAGAUAAGUCUCUGCUCACACAUGCUGAUAUUUGGACAGUAUUUAUUUUAGGAUUGCGUGUUUGUGUGUGCGCGCGCAUGUGUCUGUGACAUCAAUCACAGUCAUUGUGCAUUUAGUGUUUACUGUAGUCUCUCUGUGGCUGAGAUCUUAAAACUUACAUCUUAAAAACUUAAAGAUUUGGAGGUUUUGGGUUUUUUUUUAAACUAACUACAGGCAGUUUCUUCGGUUCGUUGGUACCUUUCUAUGUGUGUUUGUGUGUAAGGGAGGACACAUCAAUGUCAGGUGUUGUAAAAUAAGAAUCGGUUUGUUCUCAUGAUGUGCAGUGGCCAGUUGUAAUCAGUUUGCUGUUGUUCAUCAGAUGAAGACCAUAGCAGCAAUAUUUUGUACAGUUUAGCUUUUACGUUAAUUGCCUUAUUAAGAAAUUUUACAUGUAGGUCUGUUGUUAAUAAUUUUUUUCCACUUGUGCUGUUAUAUUUAUUUUUCUUUCUCAUAGUUGUGCUCCUGAGAAUGUGUACAUAAAACUAUAAAUACAUAUAUAAAGAUAUACAAAUAUAUUUUCCAUUUGAAUCGGGAAAAUAUUAUUUUUAUUUGGUUUCAUUUUUGCUGCUGGGCAAGAAAUGAUUGCAAUCUACAUGAUUUUACUGUACCAUAUUCUUCAGUGUGUUUAUUGAGAUGCAGCUGCUGUAUAUUUAUGGUUUGCAAACCACAGCUGUGUCUUUGUAUGAUAUCCAAAACAGAAAGAUUUGUGGGGUUUAAUGUACAUGCAGAUCAAUAGGGAUUCUUCCAACUGUUCAGCUGUGUUGUGUGUGUUUUCAAAUCCCUGUGUGCCCUCAUCCAAUAGGGAGAGUCCUUUACAGAGACAUAGCAUGAUUUCAAAAUGAAUAUGCAUAUCAGAAAUGUGUAUUUAUGUAUAUCUGUGUAAAUUCAUCUAUUUAUACAUGAGGAUAAAUAGAUGGCUGUGUGUGCGUGUGUUUGGACUCAAUCAGAAUGAAUACAAAAUAAAGCAGUUCUAUGAAUUGUUGUCCAUGGAGAUGA